GAGCACAUGAGUCAAAUCCAGAGGACACCUGGAACUCAGAGAAGUGGCUUCAGAAAUAUGGUUUGAAAGCCCAGAAGCUGUCGUUUUACAAUGUCAUUGCUGACUGCUCCUUCCGCCACGCUGAUGGAGUUGUUGAUAUAAAAGCCAAACCAGAGAACGAGUUGGUGCAGACCAGUGCGGAGACCAACAAGAAGACAGUCCAUGCGAAAUACUGCAGCAGAUUCGUCCAUGCUCCCUGGAAGGAUGGGAGCUUGGUCCACGUCUGCAUCACCAAGGAGAAGUACAUGUGGUUCAGUGAAAGAGUUCACGCAGUUCUGGCCCAGAUCCAGAGGAGGAUUAAAUGGCUACAGGAUGGGAGUCGAGGCCUCUUUGGAAAAGUGCCUAGUGAUUGUGUCUACAUCCUCAUUGACACGUCUCACUCAAUGAAGGGGAAACUGGACCUGGUGAAGAGCAAGGUCAUCCAGCUCAUACAGGAACAGUUGAAACAUAAAAGGAAAUUCAAUUUUGUGCAGUUUGAUGCUCAAGCCAGUGCUUGGCAGGAAAAACUUGUUGAAAUCAAUGAGGAGAAUCUGAAAGGGGCCCAGGCCUGGAUUAGAGACGUUAAGAUUGGAAGUUCCACAAACACCCUGAGUGCCCUGCAAAUUGCUUUUGCUGAUGAGGAAACACAAGUAAUCUACCUUUUGACAGAUGGGAGACCUGAUCAGUCACCUGAAAUGGUUAUGGACCAGGUCAAAGUUUUUCAGAAAAUUCCUAUUUACACCAUCUCCUUUUGUUACAAUGAUGAGAUUGCAAAUGGAUUUUUGAAAGACCUUGCUUCUUUGACUGGAGGAGAGUUUCAUUCUUAUAAUUUUGGCUGCAAGGAUCCCUAUACUCCAGAGGCUGUUCAGGAUGAAGAUCUGACUCUUUUAAUUAAGGAAAUGGAGCAAGGACGCAAUGACCUAGAGAAGGUGCAAGACCUUUACUCAGAGUCAUUGGUCAUGGACUGGUGGUACAAUGCAGAAAAGGAUGGAGACAAGCAUCAAAAAGAGAUUUGUUCCAUGGUUUCAACCCCAGAAAAAUGUGCAAAACCUCACGCUGUUGUCAAAUCAUCACGAAUGCCGAAAAUACCAGAGGACCCAUCAAGUCAAAAGAUUCAGGGAAAGAAAGUGCUCCACGCAGAACCAACCAAAACCAGCCUGCUCAGAAGCCAGCUGUCCACCGUCAAGAGCUCAGCCUGCAGUGAGAGGAAGGACAGGAUUUCCAAUUCUAGCAGCUGGAACAUGCCAGGUGACAGGGAAAUGGGCAUCCUGCUGACAAAUGAGUUUCCAGAUGACAAGUCAUUAGAAAGAUUGACUCGAGAAGGAAGCCAAGUUUAUGACCAAGAUUCUGCAGGAAUGUCUUCAGCAUCCUGGCUCAAGAUCCAUGGCUUGGCGGCCAAGAAGCUCACCAUCAUGGAUGCUUUGUCCAUGGCUGCCAUUCCCCACAGCUCCACCUACGUCCCUGUUCUGGACAAGCACGUUGUUUCCAAAGUCUUUGAUGAGGUGUUCCCUCUGGCACAUGUGUGCAAUGACACAAAUAAGAUGACUUUAAUUAACCCCCAAGGAGUGAAGCUCAAUAUCUACAAGCAAAAAGUGGAACAGGCAAUUAAGUCCUAUGAAAAGCGCUUGAAUAAAAUUGUUUGGCGAGCAUUAUCUCCAGAGGAAAAAAAAAAGUUAGAUGCAAACAAACCAAUGCAGUACUUAGAAAACAAGGCAGCUUUGAACGAGGCAUUAGAAAGGUUGAACUGGCCCAUUUCGUUGAAGGAGUUGUCCAUGCUGGAGAAUGAAAUCCUAGCUGGGAAAAUGUACGUACAGCAGGCCAUGGAGCUCCAAGAGGCUGUCAAGAAGGAGAAUUAUGUAAGCAAAGCACUCGAAGAGCAACAGAAAAUUCAAGGAACUCCAACAAAGAAAAACAAAUCAAAAAAAUUGGAUCCACUCAAAGGCCAGAAGGUUAUUGCAAGAUGUGAUGAAAAUGGCUUUUAUUUUCCAGGAGUUGUGAAGAGGUGUGUGAGCCCCACCCAUGCACUCGUGGGCUUCAGGUAUGGAGACACCAAGGUUGUGCCCAUCUCGUUCAUCACGCCGGUGGGCGGUGCCAUGCCCUGCCCACUGCUACAGGUUGGAGAUUAUGUGUUUGCCAAAAUUGUGAUCCCCAAAGGAUUUGACUUCUAUGUUCCCGCCAUUGUUAUUGCACUUCCAAAUCAAGAUAUGGCUGAAGAUAAAUUCUACACAGUUUUAAAGUGUAACAACCGGAGAGAAUUUUGCCCUCGGAGUGCACUCAUUAAGAUCAGCCAAAACAAAUAUGCUCUCUCUUGCUCUCAUAUUAAGUCACCCCCAAUUCAGGAGGAUUCAAAAGUGGAAGACAUGGACACAAAGAACUCUACUCUCCUAGUGUGGCCAAUCAAAGAAGUUAACACAGGGGAUUUACAAGCUACAAGACAGGAGAACCCUAGAAGGAAGAAAAAGAAAGCCAGCAAGAGGCUACCUCUCCAGGAGGUGGUCUCCUCAGACUCAGAUGACGCUUCCCGUGGCAACAGGUCCCGAGACUCCCACACUAAGAGACACCCAAAGCCCAAGCUGGGAGGGGGACAUCGUGUCUCCCAGGAACACCCUGAAGUCUCUCUCAAGGAUAGUGCAUGUGAGAUCACACCCCAGUUUCCGGGUCAGUUUAGGCCCCAGCACAGCAAAAACUCAAACACCCUUAAGUAAUGCUGACAUCACUUCCCCAGAGAAUGUCCUCAGCCUGGGGUCUAGCAGUCAACCAGCCGUGCCAUCGCUGCCACACCCACACCUGGAAAAGCCCCACCCUGCCCUCAUCAAGCGACCCACAGCCGGGGUCUGAAUAGCACCACUGAGAAACCUGAAAGCAGUCUAGCGCCAUCCAUGUUCGCGAGAACCAGUGUUCCUUCAGGGCUGCUCUCUGCCACCUGACACUGUGGAACUAGCCCCUCUGCUGAGGUAAGGCCGCGCGCCAUUCUAUCCUCGCCUUCCCUGGCUUGACGAGGGUAGUCAUCCUUGCCACCCUCUACCUGGAUCUAGUUGAGCCUAUUGAUCUGACUUUCCUGGGGCAUUCUUCAUCCUAUUAUUUCCCCUGUCCUCAAAAACUGAUAGAAUACCAUCUUCCAUAGACACACACACCCAGAAGUUUAAUCUGACAGAUUACCCUCAUAGGAUUUUCAAGUUUUUUGAAAUCUGUAGUUCUAAUCUUGAAAUUCUGUAGUUCUAAUCCAAGCUUGCAAUCUCAUUUUGCAUUGAUUAUCUCAUCAUAAUCAGAAAUUUUAUCAUUAAAUGUUAGGACUAAAAUCAAGACCUAGUAACUUGUCUGAGAGCCGUAAAACUGAACAUUACCUAUUUUGUUGUUGUCUGAAAAUUUUUAUUGAGCCCUCCCUAAUUGUUUUUG